UGGCAGUGUUUACAUGUGUAGGAUAUUUUGGAGGCUGCCCCGAUGCCGCGAAGGGGGCCUCUUUAUUCGUGUCGUUCUUGAGAGUGAACAGUGCCUAGAGUUGGCUUGCGAUCAGACACAUCGUGGAUUCGGGGUGUGGGGCCAGUUUACUCAAGAGAGAACCACUUACCGGGACUCAUGUCUUGGAGAGCGUGAGUGGGGAAUGAGCUCUCUCUCUCUCUGACCAGUGAUGGCGGGGCUUUAUUGCUGCCUUCGAGGCAGUUCGAGAGACCAUAUCAUGGCCACAGCAUUGCCGAACACGAGACAGACAUCAGAGAUGGAAGAAUUGAAUGAUGAAUAUUCAGGUAAGAAGAAAUCAAAGUUUAAAACUUUCAAAAACUUUUUCGCCAAGAAGAAAAGGAAAGUGACAGCAGCACCCAAAGGAGAAACCAACCUGAAGCCAAGCCAGUCAAGCACGGACGUCAGCACGGCUGAACCUUCUGAAGCACAGCCGGACUCUGAGACAGGCUCCCAAAGUAAUAUCGGAAGCAGAGCUUUCUCUCAUGACAGUAUUUUCAUCCCUGAACUAUCCAUCUCGGAGUCAGUGUCAGUUCGAGGAGCGUCCCAGGAAAAUGUGGCUGGCAGGGUGAAAGCUUUACAGCUACAAUUUGAACAGAACAUCCGACUGUCUUCCCCCGGCGUGUUGAUCCCUUCCGUAAAGAACGAGGAUGCGGGCACCAUGUCCGAGGACGAUGGGCUGCCCAGGAGCCCUCCAGAAAUGUCUUCUCUUCACGCAGUCCUGAGGUGUUCAACGCCAAAGUGUGCUGUCCUUGCUGAGCGGCACAAUUCUUUAAGUUUAGGUGGAACUGAGAGUGAAGAUGAAGAACUGAUAUCCUUGAUGCCUUCUUCCAGACCCCUCUCUCCACUGGUUCUCAUGACGACCAGCUGUGACUCACUUCCUGUUGACUUCAGCUCUCCAGCUAGUUCACACAUUUGUCUGAACAACACCGCAGCUAAGCACAAGAUCGCUGUUAACCCUCGUAGACAGAAGACCUAUGGCAAGCAGAUGAAGUCGAUGAUUAAAGAAAAAUCUGGUGGUUCGGAAGAUAAAGGGAAAGAUGAAAGGAAUCAGUUUGGAGCUACUGUAAGUCAGCUAGCAAAUGAAUGUCAACAGGAAAAUGAUCCAUUGGUGGAUGGUGACAUUGAUGUUCAUUUUAAUAAAAUGCCUUGUCCAAAGAUUCCUGAAGCGAAUAAUGAGGAAUGUGCAGAAAAAGUUCCAGACGUUUCCAGAGCACUUGCCACCUCUGUUCGUCGCACUGCAGAGCCUGAAGAUGCAUCCGAUGGUGAAUUCACCAAUCUGAGUACAGAUACAUCGCCGACCACUACAAAUCAAGAGGUACUUCCUUCAGAACCAGUCUUUCUUUCUGAGGGUGUGCCUGACACUGAGGAGAAUCCUAUUGCUGGGCAGUUGGGACAAGAAACUGUUCCGGGUCAUGAAGAGGAUUCCAAGUUAUCUUCAACAAAAACCGUCACUGACGUAAAGACAAAUGAUGCGUUGCCCUCUGAUACCACACCAGAGGCUGUCGCUGAUUCACUGGACUGUCUUGAGAAUAGAGUUCAGGAGGCAGAGAAAUCCACGACUGGUGAAGAUCUCUUGUUGGGGGACGUUGAGGGAGAUUUGGUUUCCCCAAGUGCAGUCACAACUCCAUCUUUGAAAUGCAACCUGGCUGCCCAGCUUCAGGAAGAAGGACAAGGGGAAACAAUUUUAAAUGUAUUGAGUGCACCAGAACAUAGUUUGAUAUCUGAACAAGCAAAGGGAGUGACACCUAAUGAGAAGUUGGGUUCAUGUAAAGGGUACCAGGAAGGUGUGGAAAGUAGCCUGACAGAUCAGUCAGUCAUGGAAGGGACAGAUGUUGAGAGCUUAUUGAAUCACAGACCGGAACAUGUUCCAAAGCCAUGCAAUGAUUUGACAGACAGUGUUGGCAUUCUAUCUGAAGAUUUAGUAAAGCAAUCUGAGCGAUCUACUUCAGAAUUCACCCACAGUCAGGCACAGCCUGAGCUUUCAGUUGCAGAUGAGCUGUCACAGGAACAUCUCAAGCCUAGUAAUCAAGGCUCUAUCAAGUUCUCAAUCGCAUCUGCUUGGCAGAGAUCCAUAAUGGAUACCAGGAGAAGGAAUGUGGAUGGGAAUCUUCAGACAGUGCCAAAAUCGGGGUGUUGUGAAGAUAGAUCAGAAGACAGUGCCAAACAAGAAUCAACUGGUCAACAGAUUCUUAAUCUGCCAUUGGAAGUGAAAGCUGAUGAAAAAGAACAAGCAUCUAUGGGCAACAAUCUCCAAGAUAUAGAACGACAAGCAGAAACUGAACAGGAUACCAAGGGAAGUCCAUUUGGUGUCAGGCUGAGAAGAACUUCACCUCUUUACAAAUAUUCGACAGAAGGUAGCGUUGAACAUGCGGCAGAGAGAAAAGACCCCGCAGGAGAGACAUUGCAGUUAGCAACACAAACCCCAGCACUCCAGAAAGGAGAUAGCACCACAGGUGGGCAAGCAGGGGCUUCUUUGUCAACUGGGACUGAAAAAGACAUUGGUAAAAAUGCAGCCAAAUCACUGCCAGAGGAUCUGAGGGCUCAGUGUCCAAUGCCUGGGAUACGUGAUUCACUGGAGACCUUGACAGAAACUGCUAUGCAAGAAAAGCGUCAUGUUUCUCGAGGAAGUAAUGAGAGAAAGAAUAGUGAAACCUACCUGGAAUUCGGUAAAACAUCAGAGAGGAACUCUACUCCAGCCAAACCCGAACCAGCAGACAGUCCAAGAGUCAACUCUUCAGAGCCAGCCUGGGUCUCUUUAGCAAGACAGAAACAGAAAGGCUUUCAAGACCAGUAUGCAGGAAUGCAGGAAAAAGCCCGGCUUCUGGGGGAACAAUCCCUGAUUCAAACAGACACUGAAACGGAAGUGACAAAGCACCUCAUGAAAAAGAUUGCAGAUAAGGAGCCUCCCUCUGGCAUACAGAGCAAGGAAAUGAAAACAAAUGUGAAGGAGGACUACCUAUCCAGAAUAACCACUCAAGGUUCACACCCACCACCAAAGACACAAGCCUGUGGAAUGGGAAUGAGGGAGAAGCGGCCAAUGCCCAACACAAAGCUUGCCCCACUGGCUACAGUAGAGCCUCCAUGGCUGGCCAUUGCCAAGAAGAAGGCCAAGGCUUGGAGCGACAUGCCACAGACUGUUCAAUAAGAUCUGCUUCGAAAUAGGACUGCAAGACAAUAUUGUUCCUCAACUCGCCUCAGAGAUCCAUAGUGACCAGUUUGGUUGUUUAUACUGAGAUUGCUGGGGAAUAAAGUCCAGCCAGGAAGAAAUUAAAGGAUACAAGAGGGUAGAAAGAUAUGUUGGGUAAUGUUACAAAGCAGGAACCUCUUAUGGACCGAUCAUUAUAUCAUACUCCCCUGUAUGGUAGCAGACCCCUAUUUACAGGAAUACGAGUUACAGGAAGAGGCAAAAACCAAAAGACACAAGUUCAAAUCCCACCACGAAUGGAGGGGAACUUUAGUAAAUGAUUCAUUGCAUAGAUUCUCAACUUCGAGUGGUGGACGUGAAAGCAUUCAAUUGUUGUGAAAUCCCAGUGCUGAUGGCCUUUGAGGUGGCCUGAUCUGCUUGUCAAAUAUUUACGCCUCUAGACCCACUGCAGGAUGUGGGAUCUAAGGAUGGCAUUCUGAAAUGAAAGUGAUGUCAAGGGUAAAUAGGGAUGUGCAAUAAUGUGCUGUCCUUGUAACUAUAUAAAUUAAUAAAUAAGGUGUUCAGGGCUGUUAGUAUCAAUAGAACUAAGUUUUGGCAGGAUAUUGAACAGGUGGCUCAUUUCAAUUCCAAAGUGUGUUUUUUCUGUUCUGUGUUUUAUAUGUACUUGCAAUGAUCUGUUUUAAAUACCUUAAUGCCUCUGCUAAAGUAACAGCAGGGAAAUGAAAUAUUUACUAAUAUCGCCAACAAUAGUGUCUUCGCUAAUAACUUUCGUUGUCAGUUUUUAUAUCUAAGCAGUUUCUAGCUUUGAAGUUAGUUUAAACUUCUCUGUUCAAGUGAUUUAAAGGUAAUUUAUUGGAACGGCUGGGUAACACCACAAUAAAUGUUCAACAGUAAACUCAAUUUGCUUCUGGAAUGAAUAUCAGAAGAAAAUAACGCAUUUCCAAUCACACAAGCAGCUAAUGUUACUUGAAUAAGGUUCAAUCUAUCUUUAGCUGAAACCCAGCUAAACUAUUUUUAGUUGGAACCCAAAGCGUAGAACAGUACAGCACAGGAACAGGCCCUUCAGCCCACAAUGCUGUGCCAAGAUAAUUAAAUAGCUAUUUAAACUAAUCCCCUCUGACUGCACAAUGUCUAUAUCCCACUCUGCACAUUCACAAGAAUCUCUGAUGUAUUUACCUACUGGCAGAAUAUUCCGGGCACCCACCACUCUCUCACCUUGCACAUCUCCUUCCAGCUUACCUUAACUGCAUGCCCUCUAGUAUUAGACAACUUGACAUAAGGGUAAUCUGUUAACUACUCUAUCUCUGACUCUCGUAACCUUAUAAACCUCUAUCAGGCCUCCGCCCAUCUUCUGCUACUCAAGAGAAAAGAACCCAAGUUUGGCCAACCUCUCCCACAGCACAUGCUCUCUAAUCCAGGCAGUGUGCAGGUAAACAUCUUCUGCACCUCUCCAAAACCUCAGCAUCCUUCCUUUAAUGGGGUGACCGGAAUUGAAUGCAAUAAUCCUAGCCAGAUUUUAUAAAGCUGCCACAUAACUUCAUGAAAUUUAAACUCAGUGUCUCCACUACUAAAGGCAAGCAUAUGCCAUAUGGCUUUCUUGCUACAUUGUACUUGAUUGGCCAUUUCUGGGGAGCUAUGGACCUAGACCCAAGUUUGCUCUGUACAUUAAGACCACAAGACAUAGGAGCAGAAAUAAGCCGUUCACCCCUUUGAGUCUGCUCUGCCAUUAGAACAGGGUUGAUAUAUUAUCCUUCCCAAUCCCAUUCGCCUGCCUUCUCCUUUAAACCUUUAACCCCUAGAACUUAAUAAUCUUGGCUUUAAAUGUAGGUUUAAUGCAAUGGACAGAUCCUUCACCUCAACAACCUAUGUCUAUCCUAAGGCAAUACUGAUGAAAAGAAAACUCCCUCUUUUCAAUAACUGUAUUUCAUUUGGCCCUUGUUUCACAGCACUGGUGAACUGGUGGGCGGAACUUGAAUGGAUACACAUUGGCGGG